AUGAAGACCUGGGUUAGCAGAGGCCAUUCUGCUGUGGCUUUUGACAUCAAGUCAGACAGUCGGGAAGAUGUAACAGUGCGUAGUGGCUUUGAGCGCUUGCUGGCCUAUGGGCUGGGGCCCGAUGUUUGGAUCAUGGUCGAACAACCGAAGAGCUCGUUCAUGCCAAAGAUGCCUGAGUUCAAGAAGGCAGUGGAGCGCUGGGGGCUGCAGAAGUACAAUAGGUUUCUGGGAGCUUUUGGACAUGAUAUGUUGAAGCACACACAACUGUGGUCCUGCAUGCCCUCUUUGGUCGGCUGUGUCCGCCAGUGCACCAAAAAGGCGCAGCAAAAACAUAAGGACCGCAUGGAACGCAAGGCUGAGCGUUUGCGCCGACGUGGUGAAACGCCGCCAGAGUAUUGGAAGAAGCUCCCUGGUGGAAAGUAUCAGGGUGGAAAGGAUUUAGCCAAGAGUGCUGAGUACCCGCAACGCUUUGCAACAGCACUUUUCAAGUGCUGGCAGCGGGCCCAGAUGGGUGCAUAG